AUGUCUAAUGCAAUAAUAGGUAGGAAAGUUGAUAAAGUAGUUCUAUACAAUAUUGAUGGAUAACCUAUUAAUGAUAGUAAUAAUUUAUAAUAUGGAUAGAUGUUAAAGUGUUGAAGUUUACAGCAACUCCACAACCAUAAUUAGUUAAAUAAUCUAAAGAACCUGUAAAGAAAGAAAAAAGUAAACAAAAUACAUUUAAUAAUAAUUCUUCACAGAAAACAAUACCUAAAAAAUCAACUUAAAUUCCAAAUUCAAAAAAGCAAUCAGAAUCAAAAAAAUAAUAAUCAACAAUAUAAUCUCAUACUGUAUUUUAGAACAUUACAAAUCAUUAAAAAUCAUAAAAAUUAUCAUCUCCUGAAUCUCAACAAUCACCAAAAUAAUCUCCUAAAUCUAAAUCACCAAAUUACAAUCAUAAUGCUCCUUACAGAGAACCAAGAUAAUUUAAACCUUUAAAUGAAUAAUUCCCCAAUUUAGCGGGAGCAUUAUUUGAAUAGAAGAAAUUUACAUAAAAUUAAGAUGAUGACUCAUAGGCAAGUGGAACUGAAUCCUAUAUUUCAGAUAGAGAAUAAGGAGACGAUGAAAUUAGAUAACCACCUUAACCUGAAUCAAAUCCAUAAGUAUAUCGCAAUGUUAAUAAAAUUGUUGCUGAAAAUAAUAAAAAAUUUGUACAUUCAAAAAAGGAAGAAGCAGAAAGAUAGGAGAGAAUGAGAUAAGAAAAAUUAUAAUAAAGAGAUAGAAUGAAAAAAUAUGGUAAAUAAUAAAUUGUUAGAGCUCAUACUUAAAGAGAGAAUUUUGAAUAAAAAUUUGCAUGGGGUGUGAAUUAAAAGAAAUUACAAGAGGAAAAAAUGAAGUAUACAAAAUUAUAAGAAGAAAAGGAAUAAGAAAGAGUAUUAAAAGUUGAUUAAUAGGAAGAAGAAAAAUAACCUAAUUAAAUUAAUUUAGCUAAGUUAUUUCCUGAAAGUUAAGAGAGAGAAUCUCGUUUUAAGAAAAUAUGGGUAGAGGAAGCUCAAAAGGCCAUUGAUAAAAAAUAAUUUUCAUUAUCUUAAAGGGAAAAAUCUAAAUCUCCUAUUAGAUGUAAAUCCUAACAUUCUUCUAAAUUAAAUUAAGAUUUUUAUGAAUAAAAUGCUAAAAAUAUUAUUGGUGAAAUGAAAUAACAAAAAAAAUAAAAGUAAAAGGAAUAAAUAAUAAAGAAACAUAAGAUUGAUUAUAUUAAUAGAGAAGUUAAAGCCAUCUUUUCAUCAAUGAAAAAACGAAAAUGGACUCCAAAUAAAGAAUUUGACAAUAAAGUUGGACUAUCUGUUAGUUUAAGCAAAAUAGAGCAAUCUAAAGAUGAUUUAGGAGUUCAAGAAAUUUUUGAAGAAGCUGAAGAUGAAGCAGAAGAUCUUGGUGAAUAAGGAAAAGUUUAACAUUAUUAAUAAAAAGUUAAAAAUGGUAAAGUUAUGACAAAUAGAGAAGUUAGAGAAUUUAAAGAAGAUUAAGAAAAGAAAUAAAAAAAAAUUGAAAAAUUAAAAACUGAUCUUAAAGAUAGAAAAAAUAUUAAUUUAAAGAAUCCAGAACCUCUUACUGAAAAAGAAUAAAAGAUAAAAAGAGAAAUUGGUUAACAAAUCGAUAUUAAAGGAGAAGUAGAAAAAUAGAUAAAGUAAUCAUAAAUUAAAGAGUCAAGAAAUCCUUAAAAAGCAUAAAAGACAACUAUUAAAUAACAAGAUUUAGGAGAGUUUAUAUUUGCUGAGGCAGAAUUGCCUUAAUAUAAAGGAGAUUAUUAGGAGGAAUAGAAAAUGGGAUUUAGAGAAUAAGUGGAAUUGGAAAUAAAAGAAUAAAUGUUAAUGUAGAAAAAGAAAAAAUCAGCAGUAAAAGAGGUUUAAUACGAAAAACCCAGAUAAGAAUAUGCUCGUAAACAUUAAGAAAGGGAAAAAGGUCCAAAAUAUAGGAAAGAAUAAAAGUUUGUAAGUCAACCUAGAUAUCCUGUGUUUCAUGAUUUGGGUGAAGUUUAAUUAUUAGAAGAUGAUAUGUAUAAUGUAUAACAUUCUAAAUGGACUCCUUAUGCUGGAAAACUAAUUGACAACAGUAGUGAUGACGAAGAUGACAAAGAUUUCUUAGAGAAAACAACUAUUUAAUUGAGAUCAAAUCUUAAAAAUAGAAAGGAAAAUGUUGGAUCAUAAAAAACAUAUUCCAAAUCAGUAUAGGGAAAGAAAAGUGUUUAUUUUAGAGAGCCAGAGAGUGAAAAAAAAGAUAUUGGUAAUCAAUAUUUAACAGAAUAGAAGGAAUAAUUAAUGAGAUUAGUUUAAAAGUAAUUAUUAUAUUAAAAAUAUAGUUAAAAAGCCAGAGGACAAAUGACAAGUGAUGAUGAUUCAGAUACUGAUUUUUGCAAAGCUUACUCAUCAUAGAUAUGGUUAGCAACAGAUCCUAUGAAAAGAGAUGUAUUCAUUAUGACAUCCAAAGAAUUAAUGGACUUACCUCAUAUUUAAUUAUGA